AUGGCAUUGCUUUUUCGCUUCAGUCAAUUGAGGAACAGCAUGUUGAGUAGUUGCCCUGCCAGGGUGCUUAUUCCAUAUGCUGGAUUGUCACCUGGAAAGUUGCUUGAUCCAAAAAGCUAUGAGAGGCGUGCUCAAGAGACAGUUAGUUUGCACAGUGCUAGCCUGGGUUCAUGUAUUUCCGGAAUUCAGCCAUUAAAGUUUCAGCAGACUUCUGAACAUGAGCCAUCUGUGCCUCUUCUUAUCUUUGAUAUUGAGACCACUGGUUAUUUCCAGAAGAUCACUGGUAAUGUACAGAAGGGUAAUAGAAUCACUGAGUUUGCAGUCCGUGAUCUUUGUGGAGGAAAGAAUAGCACAUUUGAAACUCUCCUUAAUCCUGAGAGGGAUGUUCCUGGACACCUUGCAACUGUCAAUAACAUUAACACUGAUUUGGUGUGCAGACCUGAUGUCCCGAGGUUCAGUGAUGUACUUCCAUUACUACUGGCGUUUGUUCGAAGCCGCCAAACUCCUGGCAAACCAGUUAUAUGGGUUGCUCAUAAUGUAAAAAGAUUUGAUGGCCCUUUCCUGGCCCAAGAGUUUGACCGUUGUUCAGCUCAGAUGCCCGAAGAUUGGCUGUUUGUUGACACCCUUUGUUUGGCAAGGAAGUUGCCCAAGCUUUCAGCAUCAAAUGAUAAGAAACAUCUCCUAAACUUGGAGUCACUAUGCAAACGCUAUGAGAUCUCUGUGGAAGGCCCUUCUCAUAGAGCAAUGCAAGAUGUGAUGGCAUUAUGUCAUGUUUUUCAGAAAAUGAGUUUUGAUUUUCAACUGACACAUGAAGGAUUAAUGAAUGAGGCCAUCAACGCUAGUUAUUUCAGCAAGUAUCUUAACUAA